GAAAAACUCUGUGAUUCAAGAAAGUCACCAUGAAAGGUGAGGAAGUUCGGCAGAGGAGAAAAGAGGGCAGGACUAGGAAUGGAGAACGAUCCAGGCACAAAGGAAAGAGCAAGGGUAAACACAGAGAGAGCCGUCUUGGCAGCCAGGAGGCAGAGGAUGUCUCUCUACACGCACAGCAGAAGCUGUUGGCUGAGGAGAAAGCAGCCAUGGCAAAGUCGCGGGAAGAGUCAGCCGUUGCAAUUUGCCUGCAAGUGCUCCUGCCAUACCUCCUAGCUGGGCUUGGCAUGGUCUUGGCAGGCAUGGUUUUGGAUUAUGUUCAGCACUGGGAUGUAUUUCGGACAAUUACCGAAGUUUUUAUCCUGGUUCCUGCCUUGGUUGGCCUGAAGGGUAACCUUGAGAUGACGCUGGCAUCCAGGCUCUCUACUGCUGCUAACACCGGACAGAUGGAUGAUGCCCAGAAGCAAUGGAAAAUGGCCACCUGCAAUUUAGCCCUUAUCCAGGUCCAAGCCACUGUGGUGGGACUUCUGGCUGCUGUUGCUGCUGUGAUCCUGGGAGCCAUCUCCAAGGGCUCUGUGGAGCUGAGCCAGGCUGCCGUGCUGUGUGCCAGCAGCGUGACCACGGCUUUCGUAGCUGCACUUUCUCUUGGUCUGGUGAUGAUUGGCGUGAUCAUCGGAGCAAGGAAAGUUGGGAUCAAUCCAGACAACGUCGCCACACCCAUAGCAGCAAGCCUUGGAGACUUGAUAACCCUUUCCCUGCUGGCGGGAAUCAGCAGUACGCUCUUCAAAUACAUAG